CCUCAGGUCAUACUUUGGACAAAAAGUCGCGACUUUGGGUUAAUUUAUUUUAAUUUAGCUUGAUUUGUUAAUACACUGUUUACGAAAUGGCAGCGAUACUUGUGGGAAUCGCAGAGACGAGCCAUUCCCCGCCCGCCAGAAGACGUUUUCAACUUCAGUAAGCCACCCACACGGCAUGGAUGUGCAGGCGACUCGUGUGGUUCCCGACGGCGGAUACGGCUGGGUUGUUGUGGCCGCUGUGGCCUUGAUCAAUAUGACCAACCAAUCAAUACUCUCGGUAUUUGGUCAGCUGUUUGUGGGGGAGCUGCGCCAGAUGCAAGGCGACACCUUCACAGCCGCCCUUAUAACCAAUCUCAACAGCCUGGCCCUGAACUUUUCCGGACUGUUUAUCGGACCCGCCAUUAAAAGCUUCAAGCCGCGCAAUGUGGCCGCCACCGGGUGCGUGCUGGUCUGGUUUGGGCUGACACUGUGUGCCUUUGCCACCCAAAGCUGGCACUUCAUAGUGGGCUACAGCUUCUUUGUGGGCUUCGGACUGGGCUUGAUUUCCCCUUCCACCUUCAUGGCUAUCAACUCGUACUUCACCAGCAAGCGCGGCCGUGCUGUCGGCGUCUCUUUGGCGGGGGCGGGUCUUGGCCAGGUAUUGAUUCCCCACCUAGUGCGAUACCUGCUGGAAAACCAUGGCUUCCGGUAUGCAGUCUUGGCGCUGUCGGCACUGUCAGUAACUGGGCUGGUGGGUGCCAUGUUCCUGAAGCCCCUAAAUCCCACGGGCAAGCACAACAACCAUCGACACAUGCGUCUCUUGGCUGACGCCGACCAGGCCGAUAAGCACCAAUCUAGUUCCCUGCAGGUCGUGGUGGUCCCUGCCUCUAACCAAACCAAGGGCGAGGAACUUAUCCCCAAGACAGAAACAAUUUGUGGCAGGUUAAGCCAGCGCCUGGUGCAGUCGAUGGAUCUGGAGCUGCUGAAGGACUUCGUCUUCUGGAGCAUCAUCAUCGGCAUGGCCCUCGUCUACACGGCCACUGUCAACUUCACGAUGAUUUUCCCCGGUUUCCUCGGACAAUCGGCUGGCUUCGACAGCCAGGUCGUGGCCUUCUGUAUGUCGGCAGUAGCAGGAGCCGACAUUGUGUGUCGACUGUUGCUACCCAUUAUUACAGAUCACUUGCGGAUCCCUUACCGCGUAGUCUUCCUGCUUGGCACCGCCGGUCUCUUCGCCGCCCGCUGCAUUUUGGCGCAAAGCAAGGACCUGCCCAUCAUCAUCGUCAUGUCCGUUCUUAUUGGAGUCAUGAAGUCUGCCACUGUGCUCAACAACAAUCUGACCAUAUCGUCCCAUUGCCGCUCCGAGAAGCUGGCGGGCGGCCUGGGAUUGAGCAUGAUGUCGAAGGGCGUAAUAGUUAUUUCAGUGGGGCAGAUGCUGGGAUGGGUCCGGGACUUUGCCGACUCGUACACUAUCUGUCUUUAUGCCCAGGCAGUCAUACUGCUGCUGGUAGUGCUAGCGUGGACGCCAGAAAUUCUCUUCCGCCACCGAAAGCAACGCAGGCAGCGACGCACUACCACAAAGUCAAUGGAAACAACAGUAGACGGUGGCGAAGAGGUGGCCAAACUCAACUCAUAAUUGGCUUCCGAGAGGCAGGCGUGGCCGCUAUUGAGACUGAUGUGCUUGGAGUCAUCCGGUUGUGAGAAUGGACCAGUCCUGGCAGGGAGCAGGUACACAUCUAGCUAUAAGCUUUCGACUAUUUAUUACCAUGUAGCACUUACGAUACUUAACUUUUGUACUGCCAUAAGAGACGAAAUAUAAUUUAUAUAACAUUCA